AUGCACAAUUUAAUGCGAGUCCUUAAAUCCAUAUUCCCCUGUGGCACAAAAAUUCAUUCAGGGACAUCUUUUCGGAGCAAGAAUAAUACACGGACAAAGUGGGAAUCCCUAGGUCUAGGGGUUAAUUCUCUCUUAAUCUUCAAAUGCAGCUAUGACAAGACUAGCAUCUUCCAGUGUUCCUACGCUCUGGAAGUUUUCUACUCUACAAGAGUCGUUAUCAAGCACCGCGAGAUGGACCCUUCGCUGCUGCUAACUACAGCUGGUUACCUAUUGGUUCUGAUGUCUGGUUACUUUGAUUUGGAUUACAAGUAUACAUUAGACCGCCACCGUGCCCCUGCUAGUGUAAUUCGUGUUGUUGACCAUCUCGAGGGCGUGAGGAUAUUACAACAGGAUGCAUUUGAGACGCUUGUUAGUUUUAUUUGUUCAGCAAAUAACAAUAUAAAACGUAUAACCCGUCUUUGUUUUGCGAUCCGUGAACGUUACGGGACAUUUUUAGGUUCAAAGUCCUACAGUGACUCUGAGUUGCGGUUCUAUGCGUUUCCUAAUCUUCGUCAGCUGUCGGCUGCCUCCGCUGUUGAUUUGCGUCAACUCGGGUUGGGGUAUCGUGCUGAGUACCUUGUAAAAACUGUUUCCGCGCUACGAUCUCGCGGUCUUGAUUCUUUGUUACAGUUACGCGAUGCACCUUACGAGACAGCACAGGAGGAGCUUCUAAAGUAUAACGGUAUUGGUCGUAAGGUUGCGGAUUGUGUAAUGUUAUUCGGUUUGGGUAAACGUGACGUGGUUCCUGUCGACGUGCACGUGAAACGUAUCGCAAUGAAUCAUUUUGGUAUCCGUGCCAGCAGUAAGAAUAGUUACGAUUUGGUACAAGGGGCGUUUUCUGCGGUGUGUCCCAAGGAUGCUGGGUGGCUACAGGCGGUGUUGUACAUCGAUUCCGUCCUCCGUGCGGCUCGUCAGGUGACUAAACUAGUGUCCUAA